CGAGCCGAGUUGACCUCACCCGCGACCGUGUUUACUAAUAACCCAUCCAGUUAUGAUACUAUGAACAUUUUCUCAUAUCAAAAUGACGCCACUUUUCUGGGCUCUCGUUUUUGUCGUGUCUACAUGUGAGUCGUUGAGCAUAGGAGCUGCUAAACCAAAUGUGACAAAGCGUGAAACUAAUACUAAAAACUUUUAUCCGGAUUGGGUGCCAUUCAAAAGCAACAAAGGUGAGCUAAUAGAAGAGUUGGUAAACGUUGCCAAAUCUAAACCAAAGAAGAGGCUUGCGCAUCCAAAGAAUUUCUUACUUAAAGCUGUUGCUGAACCGCAAGGCAAUGAUUACUAUGACAAAGGCCAAGGCGAUAGUGAUAAUGAGGAUUAUUAUGAAAAGAAAGAAUGGACAGAUGAACACAGAGAAGCUAAAACAGUAGAUCCUACUAAACCAAUAAAUCAUGCGAACAUUUCAGAUAUAGAAGGCAUCGUUAAUAUUAUCACUAAGCCUAGAGAUGACCCGGUGCUAAGAGCUCUGAAAGCUCGAAAUAAAAAAGCUAAAGAUGAAGUUAAAUCUAAAAAAGCAGUUAAACCUAAAGGAGAACUAAAGAAUAUAGCUAAACGACAAAACGAAGAAGAAUACUUAGAUGAAAAUACGUCAAAAGAAGAAAAAGAUGAUGAAUCUAAAGAAAGUAAAGAGGACAAUCAAAACAAGAAGGAAUCUAAGAAAAACGAGGAUGAAUCAGAUUAUGAAGAAGAAAGUGCAGAGAAGAAAAAAACGGAUAAGGAAUUAGCAAAAAAAGAAGAAGAACAAAAAGAAAGUGAAGCUAAGAAGAAAAAACUUCUUGAGAGUGUAGACGCUUUGAAAGAACGACAUGCCGACGAACAACGAACCAUAUCUGAAAAAUUAAAAGAAGAAGAAAUCUACAAAGAGGAGCUCGAAAGAGAUCAUGAUAGAAUCAAACCACGAGAAAAUAACGACAAAUAUGCACAUGAUGGUACUAGAUGGAAGAAGUUAACGCACGAAUAUGAAGAAUACGAAGACCCCAUUAUAAAGGACAAAUAUAAAAUUCAUCCCUUGAAAACUGGCAGAGCAAGUACUGCUGAAACUACGACAAAACCACCUAAAACCACAGAAAAACGUAAACAAAAGAAAACUAACAAAAGUGUAGCAAGCGGUAAACUUUCAGUGUUCAGGAAUCCUCAGUUGUACAUUAUACACGAUGACGAAGACACGUCCAGCACAUCUACAACAAUAAAACCUACAGCCACUAGAAGUCGUAAGCCUCAAAAAUUUUCUUCGCGAUUUUCUGAAUCGUCCACUCCAGAGGAGGACAAUGUAAGAAUAUCUUUGGUGCCUGUAGGUGGUGAUUCUAAGGAAGGAGAACCGACGCUAUUUUUCCCUAAAAUUAAGAAGAACAAGCGUAGAUUCAAGGACAAAUUGACGACUCCUGUCCCAGACUCCACGGCUGUUUCUAGUGACGAUAAGGGAAAGUCAUCUGAAGUGACUGGACCGGACGCGACUGCUGCCAAUUUUACUGCUGCUCCAGAUACCACUGGUGCAGCAGAUAUUACUAGUGCAGCAGAUAUCACUGGUGCAGCAGAUAUUACUGCUCCGUCAGCAUCGGACGCUGAUUCAUCAGCAUCAAACACUGCCCUGACAGCAUCGCAAACAGCACCUACCGCUGUUGCUGCCCCUCUAGCAGUGGACUCAGUACAAUCUGGAACUCAUAAGGAAGAACACAAGAAGAAUGAAGAUUUUGAUCGAGAGACAGGGGCUGGCAAAGACCACAAAUCCGAGCACGACGAGAUCCACGACGAGCACGGGAAAAAGGCAUACGAGGGCGUACACAAAGACAUAAAGUCUAACAAGGGGCACCACGACAAAGAGAACCAUCUCGACAAAUACCACGACCACGGCGGCGUCGACGAGAGCCACCACGACGAAGACGACCACUACGGCUCGCACCACCAUGAGGAGCAUGGCAAGAAACACGCCAAGUACGAAGAAUCAGGAAAACACUCGAAAGGUCACAGCACGAAAGGCAGUCACGACAUCCACAAGAAAGAAGAAUACGAGAAGAAAGUGGAGUUCUUUGAAGAAGACGGAGACUCCGAUGACGAAGAAUUCGACGGAGGCCAUAGCAGCAAGAAGGAGCACUCCUCGGGAGGACACUUCAAGAAAGGUCAGCAUCAUUCGGAACACGGAGGUCACUCGAAGGGAGAGAAGGGAGAUUUCUCAAAGGGUGGACAUGGACACCACGCUAAGGGCCACAAGUCCUCUGCCGGGCACGAUUCCCACGGCGAGCACGGGGACAACCACCACGAGCACGCGGGCAAGAAGGGGGGCAGGAAGUGGACGUACCACAAGGGCACGCCGGCCAAGACGGCACACCUCGUGCCCAUUGACCGACGGGCGUACGGAUACGUGCAUGGACCGGUGUAUUAUGGGUAGUUUCAUGGGUUAGAAUCUAAGUUACAUAAGAAAUACGGGAAACCGUGAACGCUGGCAGCAAUCUUCUCGUACGAAGAGUUUCUGCUCAACGUUUCUCAAACGAACCGCUAAGGUGUGGAAUGCCCUUCUGGCGUCCGUUUCUCCUGCCAAGUAUAACUUCAACUUGAAUACCGUAAGGCAAGAGUGAAUAGGCAUCUUCUAGGCAAGCGUGUUCCAAGUUCCAACCUAUAGACAUCAUUGCCCUGUUUCUCAGGCAUGAUUGUCGUCAAGCGCAAGCCUAUCUCGCAAUAAAAUAAAUAAAAUAAAAACAUUAAUAUGAGUGAACGUAAAAUUAUAGCCUAGCCUAGCUGCGUUAUCUAUUUUGUCUUCGCACUAGCUUGGAAAGGCUUUCUUUACUAUUCGAAAUCCGCGCACAAAAGUAUCUUUAGCAGGCAGUUCCAAGAGACUAACAACUAAAGCUAGGCUAAAGCUAUUUAUUGCGACUGAAAGUGUUCAUGCAAAGUUUGAUUUCGCCACAAAAUUAGGGCCGGCGCACA